AUGAGUGGGAGUGGUAAAGCAGCACAGAAGAGCAAUGGAGCAGACGCAGGUGCGGUCGAAGACCUGAAAAAAGUGCAUAAACAGAGUCUGGAAGAGGACGAUGAAUUUGAAGAUUUCCCAGUAGACACAUGGCCCAUUGAUGAAAGUCUGAGAAGCGCAACAAACGGCCAAACGAACCUAUGGCAGGAAGACUGGGAUGAUGUCGAGGUGGACGACGAUUUCACAAAGGAGCUGAGGGCAGAGUUGGAGAGAAACAAAGAACAGCAGCAGCAGCCCCAAGCGCAACAACGUUGA